AUGCCAUCUGAUGCAAAGAAGGCUAGGGACGCUGCAAAAAAGGCUGCUGCGAAACAACAAAAGAGUAAUAGAGGGAAGAAGAUAGAACCGAAAGAAGAUGUUGCCGACGUUCAGCAAAAUGGGGAGACUAAGGCAAGCUCUGUGAACAAUGCUACUUUGAAUGAUAAAGUAGAAGGGUUAAUCGAUGCUGCAGCAGAUACGCUGCAAAAGAUUGAAUUAGAAAAUGCCCAAGCCAGAUCCGUAGCUGGAGCAUUGACUUCGAAUCCCAGAGGUCUUGAUCACAAAGUAGAGAGCCUGACUAUCACAUUUCAUGGCCGAGAAAUUGUUGUUGAUACUAAAUUGGAACUUAAUCGCGGUAGGCGAUACGGGUUAAUUGGUCUGAAUGGUAGUGGUAAAUCAACGAUAAUGCAUGCCAUUGUAAAUCGUGAACUACCUAUACCUGAAAGCGUGGACAUGUAUCUGGUUUCUCGUGAAAUGCCCGCAUCAAACAUGACAGCUUUGGAAGCCGUUGUUGACGUAGACACAGAAAGGAAGGAAUUAGAACAUCUUGCAGAGGAGCUCGCUGCGAAUGCCGAUGAUGAGAGCCAGGAGAGACUUAUGGACAUAUACGAGCGGCUUGACGACAUGGACGCGGCGCUUGCUGAGAAGAGAGCUGCCGAAAUUCUGCAUGGUUUGGGCUUCACAAAAACAAUGCAAAUGAAAAUGUGCAAAGAUUUCUCAGGAGGAUGGAGAAUGCGUAUUGCUCUUGCCCGAGCUCUUUACCUUAAACCGUCAUUGCUGCUGCUUGACGAGCCGACGAACCAUCUUGAUUUAGAAGCUUGUGUUUGGUUAGAAGGCGAACUAAGCAGAUACAAAAGGACACUCCUCAUUGUAUCACAUUCGCAAGAUUUUAUGAAUGGCGUUUGCACUAAUAUAAUUCAUCUCUUCCAAAAGAAACUGGUCUAUUAUACGGGUAACUACGACCAAUUUGUCAAAACUCGCAUCGAGCUACUUGAGAAUCAAAUGAAAAGAUAUAAUUGGGAGCAAUCGCAACUACAACAUAUGAAAGAUUAUGUUGCUCGCUUCGGUCACGGUUCAGCAAAGCUUGCUCGGCAGGCUCAAUCAAAAGAGAAGACCAUGGCAAAGAUGAUCGCUGGUGGUUUGACUGAAAAAGCUGUCGCUGAAACGGUGAAGCAAUUUUAUUUCUUUGAUGCUGGCCCUAUACCACCUCCUGUCAUUAUGGUUCAACACGUUUCGUUUCGUUACAGUGACAGCACGCCAUGGAUCUACAGGAAUAUCGACUUUGGUAUCGAUCUUGACACGCGGGUGGCGCUUGUAGGUCCUAACGGAGCUGGAAAGUCCACGUUGCUCAAGCUACUCUGCUCAGACGUAAUGCCGACAGAUGGGCUGAUUAGGCGGCAUUCGCAUGUGAAGAUUGGCAGAUACCAUCAGUGGGUUCCGCAGCGUCACCGUCGUCAUCCAUUGACUCUGUACCUUCAUCAACUGAUCAAACUUCAGUUGCUGCCUCGCCUCAACACAGCAGUUCGAUCGACUGCUGGUACCUCACGGACACUUAGUCGUCGUGAUGGAUCUGAAGUAGCCUCGGAUUUCUUACCGUCAUCGUCCACAUACUUUGCAGCUGACAAUCCAAAGAGCGGUGAGUUAUCUGAUGACAAAGCUACUCAAGUUGUUCCACCAUCCUCUUCUGAUGGCACUCUUAAUAUCGUUAAGUCGGAAAAAGCGCAACUCAAUCCCGGGUCCAUAAAACGAAAUAUCAAAGCAACAGUUCUCACAUUCCGCGCCAUUGUUGAUCGACCGUACGUGGCUCGUGUUCAGUUGUUACUCUGUAACAUUUCUGAUCGUGCUCUUUAUUUUAAACUGAAGAGCAACGUGGGCAGCAACGUUUCUGCUUUACCUGCUGGUAGUGCUCAAAUAGCUCCACAUGCACAAGUCCGACUAGUUCUUACCUGGACAAGACCUCCACAGUACGAACAUUGGCGAGAUGUACCGCCACCGAAACUGCUUAUAGUUACGAAAUUUUUGGAUUCUUCUAGUAAAGCUGAUUCAUCGCAGACUUCUAUUCGGCUUAUUGCACGCGUAAGCUCUACGAAAACAUGCUACGCUUCCAAUCCACCUGUGGAGCAACUUCUUCUAGAUGCUGUUGGUAAAACAGAGAGUAUGGAAGUAUCCUCAGUUGUGCAGGACGCAGGGGUUCGUACACCGGAAAAGAGUCAGGACCUGCAGUCUGUACGAGCUGCUGAUGCGAGCAACAACCUUGCAGAUUUUCUCAAUGGAUUGACUGAUCGUGGAUUACUCCAUCUACACGAGGAACUUCCACUAGAGAAGUCUGCACUCGAAUUCAUGAUGUCUUCGUUCCCAGAGGUGAAGGAGAAGGAGGAGAUGAGAAAAAUUGUCGGGAGAUAUGGCAUCACCGGUCGUGAACAGGUCUGUCCAAUGAAACAACUGUCUGACGGUCAACGUUGUCGUGUUUCCUUUGCUUGGCUCGCAUGGCAGCAACCUCAUCUACUUCUCCUUGAUGAACCUACGAAUCAUCUUGACAUGGAAUCCAUAGACGCGCUAGCUGAAGCCAUUAAUUGUUUCCCUGGUGGAAUGAUCCUGGUUUCCCACGAUUUCCGACUUGUUAGUCAGGUCGCGGAGGAAGUUUGGGUCUGCGAUAAUCAGACCAUUACGAAGUGGGAAGGUGAUAUUUUCUCUUUUAAAGAGCACCUUCGGCGUGAAAUCGACCGAGAUAUCCGAGCACGCGAGAGAGGCCUUACCAAAGAGCGUUAA